UUCUUGCCGUUGGCGGCCUGCGUGCAUCCAACACUAGAAAUGUAUUGUGGAAUGUUUUGAUGUGACAGAACGGGUAAAUCACAAUCUGUGUGAAUUAUCCUUUGACUGCAUCUCAGUGGAAUUCUCGAUAAUUUGAGAUGAAUGUUUUCAACUUGCGUUGUGCUUAAUGUAGUAUCUUUGACAAACGCUUUGGUUUGUCAUAUACAGGAAGUUAUCGAUGGAUGAUAAAAUUAAAUAGCCAGCUGUUGAUGGCCGUAGGGCGGUUGAACAUGUUGAGAAUGUUAUUAAGGCUAAUGGAGCGAAACAUUCAUCUACAGAAAACUUGUGUGUGAGGGGUGCAGCUUAUCAGCGAACUUGUGCUGAUAUUUCUAUGCAUAUACUAUUUCAAUAUUUUAUGAAGAGAGAAAACCACUUCCAACAAAAUGAAGACUGCAAAAAGAAUGGUGAAAGUGACAUCAUCGCGUCUGGUUAGAGGACGAAGAGCGAAGUUACUGGCAAUCAGAUCAUUGGAAAGUAAAGUAACAUGUGUCGAAAAGAGAAAAGUUGAGCCUCCUGUGAACAAAGAUGAUGUGCACAAUGUGACAAUUAAUGACUUACCAGAUGAGCUGCUUCUCAAUGUUAUGAAGUUCCUGUCAGUGGAGGAGCUGCUGAUAGCUCAAGAGGUAUGCCACCGCUGGGAGCAGCUGACUUAUGGACCAAGUGUUUGGUUGAACAAGAGUUUUGUUGUUUGGCAUGGGCGUCACGCUGUACCUUUGGCACGAGGUGACAGAAUUGGGAGGUACUGCAGUGUGGAAACAUCACUCACAUCUUGGUCAAAAGCUGACAUCUUUCUGAGAACUCAGUCACCAAAGUACCUGAAUAAAAUUUUAAAAAGGAUGCCUCAUCUACGUGUAUGUGCCUUGCCAUUUGAAAGGCAAGCAAUUGAAGCUCUGUCCACCUAUUGUCAGAACAUUACAAAGCUGGAGAUUAUUACCUGCUCUGAAGUUGACACCAUAACUCUGACAAACUUAGUGGAGCGAUGUCCCCUGAUUGAAGUCCUGAAAUUGCCUGUGAGCUUCAUGACAACUGAGUGCUUGGCAGAACUGAUCGCACAUUUGAAAUAUCUUCAGGCACUCAGUCUCCAUGUGGACAUCAGCAAUUGGUAUUCACAGCCUGUGGUCCUGCAGCCCUUAGCAAGAAACUGCAGCCGGCUUUGCAAGCUUAAUCUGUGGUGCUUCACCCUUUCUGACAUUGGAUAUUUAUUUAAAGCACAGCCACCUUUGGAAGAACUGUCCCUUCGCUGGACAACUGAAGAAAAGAGGUGUGUACUCCCAGACCUACUAGCCUGCUGGAAAUCGGUUAAAUUUCUUCAACUGCAAGAGUAUAAUGUGAGACACGAGGAGAGUUUUCAAGCAUUCCGUUCACUCGGGGAGCUCAGCAGACUGAAUUGGCUAGAGAUACAGUGUGUGAAAGAGUGCCCAGAAGGAGCUAUUGGGGAGGCAUUUAGGUAUGGAGGUCUUUCGCAACUGCAGCAUGUUGACUUGUCAAACAGCUGGGCAUUAGAUGAUAUUGGUCUAAUUUCCUUGAUUCAUGGAUGCCCACAAGUACGAUGGCUUCGGCUGUUUGGUUGUUAUGGGCUAACAGAUGAAGCAUUCAAGGACAUUUACAAACUUGUGCAUUUGAAAAGGUUGAAUAUCUCUCGAUGUGUGGGAUUAGGUUCAGCAGCCAUGUUUUUCAUUGCCCGUCUUCCAAAGCUGCGUACACUCUGGGUUGAGUACACAGACUUCAGGCGUUUACGUCCUGGAAUAAAAUGCAUAAUUGACCUACCAGAGUUGCGGCACCUCCACAUGGGAAUGACCACAAAUCUACAAUAUGUACCAUUUGAUUCCUUCCCAGAGAAUCUUUCAAAUCUCAAGUCACUGGAUGUACAAUGCUCCAAAUUUGAUGCUGCGGUAAUGGAAAAUUUGAAGAAACGGAUGCCAUCCCUAAAAGUUCAUGUUACUCAGUUCCAGUACCAAGACAUAAACAGUGCAGAUACAAGUGAUGAUGAAGUUUAGUACACACUAUUUUGGAGUUACAUUUUUUAAUCAUAUUUGUACUUCAUAGUGAUGUUUAGAGGGAAAUUGUACAUACUUUUAACUGUGAUUGAUAUAUCACUACUUCUGGUGCUGCAAGAUUAUUGUGCAAUUGUUUUGUAUCUAGUCAUUUGUUAUUCUGGAGUUCUCAUUUAGUUUGUAGUAUAUUUUAUGCUCUCAUGUAAGGCAGCGUUGGACAUUUUAGUUAUAAAUCAAACAGAUUCUGAUA